CCAUUAACAUUUAUAUCUAAAUCCCCACAUUUUUACUACAUAUUAUUAAAUCAUGCGAUACAUAAAUAUUCUUAAAACUAUCUAAGCUUAUAAUCAAACUACCUAUGUAUAUACGAUGUUAGACUUAAUUACUUUAUGUUUAUUAAAUUUAAUGUUUAACGAAAUCAUGAGCAACUAAACAUUUCCUUUACCGACUCUACUGAUGACUCCACGGUCGUAAGGUUGCAAGGGAUCAUCGGAGCCAUGCUCCUGCGGAAGAUGAUCAUAUGUUGGGUGGGCCUCAAGCGAGCACAACAACAUCCGUGUCGUCGCAAAUGAUAGUUUUCUCUCUUUCUUUUCCUCUAUCUUUCGUCCUUUCUUCUAACUUUCAUUUUAUAGAAUUUAUUUAUUUAUUUUUCUUCCGGCUUAGUUCUAGCUCCUAUUUUUUUGUCGCAAGCACGCUCAAUUCUUGUCUUUAUUAAUAGUGAUGUGUAGUCCGUGUCCGAGAUCUGGGUGACCACCACCAAAGCCGAAGAGCUAGAGCCGGAAUCUAAAGCGUGCCCCACAGCUCAGAUCCUCGAAAGCCUGCCUAACGCAAGGAGUUAUAAUUCCUUCUCGUAUUGAGAACAGUGGCGCACUACGUUACACGCUACAGUUAUAAUUCAUUAUUAUUAAUAAGAAAAGUGGCGCCCAAACGUGUGGAGCCUUAGUAGAAAACAAUUUUUUUAUUAAGACUCGCGAAUAAAUAAAUUUAUUUUCUUUAACUUCAGUUAUAAAGAAUUCUCGGAUUACAGUUAAGUGAAUAUUAGUAUUUCUAGCUGUCCAGACUUAAAUCGGGUGUUGCCUCGACUUAGGACUCCCAGAUAAAUGAAGUCUUUUUUUCUUUUAUCUGAAUAAUUCUUGGAAAACAAUUGAGGUGAAUAUCAGUAUUCCCAACUGUCCAGUGUUACAAAGAAGCUAAAGAUUCUUCCUAAGAUGUAGGUGAGAUUACAAGGUGACUAUUUAAAAUGAAGAAAACUGAGGUGGUCAUCGAAGGCUCAUCUUCUGUCCCAGAUUAUAGCACUAAGUCAUUGAACUAAGUCUACGCUAAAACUCAACGCUACGGAAAAUACUGCCAAUUUCUUCCGAGUCGUGCCAUAGCCAGAGAGAGUUAAUGGAAAUUUUCCUUUAUUUUUUAUUUUCUAGAAGUUUUAUAUUUUUUUGAUGGUAUUCUGGAAUACAUGCGUUUCUGUUUUUGAACCAAUUGCUGUCCGAAUUCGAAAUCCGGAAAUAUAUCUUCCCUCCUUGAAUAGGUCAAACCUUAGCAAAAGCCUUUUACUUUCCAAUCUUUCAAUUUCUGAGAAUAUUAAUUAUCAUUAAGAAAACGAUACCUUGCGAUACGUGCGACAUCUAGUAUUGAGUUCGGUAAAUAUAUACAUAUUUUUGAUUACUUUAUCACAUUUUACAUUUCGAAUUUUUUGGUUGAAUUAUCGAAACAUUUUCUGUCUUUAAUUACAAAACAAAGCAUCAAUUUCUAAAAGAACAAUUUCGAUUGUAGUUGGUUAACCGUUGUCGGAACGUGAAUAUUUUUACUUUUUUUUCGCACUCAAACCAGAUUUUUAUAUCUUGUGGGAAUGAUGGGGUUAGACCGAUCUCCUGAAAGAGGGGCUGACUCAAGCCCAAAGGUUGUUUGUCCGUUAUGUACAGCAGAUAUAAAUCCUGCUGAGGUUUUUAUAACAAGUUGUCAACACGAGUUUCAUAAGCGGUGUAUAGAAGGUUAUUGGAAGGAGAGCGCACAAUGUCCUGUGUGUAAAGUAGCUAGUAGACCAGAGAUCCCAAAGCCUAAAGAAGUAACUGAGAGACAAACAUCGAAGUGGGUCCAGAAAACGACAGCCCGUGGAUACAGUUGGUCAGCAAGUCUCAGGUAAUAUAGCUUCGACCUCGGGACAAAGUACGCAAGCUAAUAACAUUGGGGCCAGCAAUUCGAAUAGUUUAACAGAUAAUGCUAUGAUAUUACUAGCUGUGGAACAAAGGUUAUUAGCUACGCUUUCGGAGAAGAUGACUGAUUUAAUUCAGAAUUCCAUAACCUAUACUAUAACCAGGGCGUUAGCAAGCACCAGUGGUGGUAAUGACAAUUCUCAGAGGGAACAUUCUUCACGUCGAUCGCUUAGCAAUGGAGAUAGGGUCGAAACAAGAAAUUAAACCGGUAGCAAUUUAAGGCAAGUCCUCUCGGCUCCGGGCUCUCCCGCUUUACAGAGAAGUACUACGUCCGAUUUGGUAAACCGACCAGAUAAGGUUGUACAUAUCCUCAACGGUUGGAAAAAUAAAAUUUUCUGGAAAAGGAGUGUAUGUUGAUAAUUUUAUUUAUUAAUCUAACACGAGAGACGUUAGACAAUAAUGUCGAUCUGCUUUGCAAACACGCCAGCGUACUUUUUGAAGGAAAAGCCAAUGAGUUUUAUUGGCGUUAUCAUAAAGCGCACGGAGAUAUUCAGUGGAAUUCUUUCUGUACAGCUUUGCGUCUCCAGUUCCGCGAUAGCAGAGACGAUUGUGAUAUCGAAGAAUUAAUCAGGAAUUCUAAACAAAAGCAAAACGAAUCUUUUGAUAGUUUUUAUGAUACAAUAUCAGGUUUAGUCGAUCAGCUGGAGCAUCCUUGGACUACGAGUAAAUUAAUUCGAGUUCUCAGAAACUAUUUGCGUCCAGAAAUAAGACAUGAGAUCUUAAACAUUGAUAUUAAGACGGUUUCAGAUCUUAGACAGAUUUGUCGCAGGCGCGAAACCUUCUUGGCCGAUGUUAAGCGGGUUAGCGGCUACGUGCGAAGCACUCCGUUUAAACGUGAAGUGGCUGAAUUUAGUCAGGAGUAUGAUACGCAGUUAGAAUCAGAACCUGAAAAUGAGGCUGAUGUCGAAGCGUUCUCCUUAUUAUGCUGGAAUUGCCGCAAGGAAGGACACCGAUAUCAGGAUUGCGUAUCGGAGAGAAGAAUAUUCUGUUACGGUUACGGAGCUGUAAACACUUACAAGCCAAGUUGUAAUAAGUGUUCAAAAAAUCCAAAGCAUGUCGAAGUCGCAAUUCAAACAGAAGACUUCGAUUGCCUCUCGGAGCCAAUACACAAUAACCGAAGAGUAAGAGAUGCAGCAAAUGUUGCACAACCUCCAAUCCCUGACGAACAACAACUACCUGCUAGUUCUUUGCUACAUAGCAAAAUCCAAACACUAAAGAAAAUUAAACAUGAAGAGAAUUAUUUACAAAAUGUUGGGAAACGAAAGGCUCGAAAUUCUAGUCGAAUUAAAGCAUUCUGGCAAAAUGUCAAGAACUGUAGAAUUGGAGUCAAUUAUAUAAAGUCGCUACCUGAAGGACCAAAAGAUCCUCGUCCGUUUUUGCCAAUUCGGUUGUUUAAUCGUACGGUUUACGGUCUGUUAGACUCUAGCGAAUCGGCAAGUUGUGUAGGAGGUAACUUAGACCGUGAAGUAGAAGCUGCAGGAAACUAUAAGGCCAUUAAUAGUAGUGCUACAACGGCAGACGGCCGAUCACAGCAGAUACGAGGACAUAUUCAAACAGAGGUAGAAUACGGCGACCAGAAGAAGGUUUUAAAAAUUUACAUCGUACCGUCGCUUAAACAAGAUCUAUAUUUAGGGAUAGAUUUUUGGAGGCGUUACGACUUACUUCCCAGAAGACUUAUCAUAUCUAUCUAG